GAUGGUCAUGAUCAUGUCACGCUUAGGAGCAGCGGACACAUUCUCGGGCGUUUUUUAUGGUCUUGUGUUCUCUGCCUAGGCGACCACCGACGUCGAGAGCUUAGGGCUUGAAUUGGAUCCCGUCAUGGACGCAACCCAAGCGAAGCAGAUCAUCGAGCAGCAAGUUUUGACGGUGGCGAAGGCCGUCGAGGACAAGCUCGAUGACGAGAUCGCGGCGAUCGAUCGACUUGACCUCGACGACCUCGAGGCCCUGCGGGAGCGCAGGUUGCAGCAGCUGAAGAAGAUGGCCGAGAAGCGGAGCCGCUGGAUCUCACUCGGCCACGGCGAAUACUCUGAGAUCCCCGAGAAGGAAUUCUUCGCGGCCGUCAAAGCCAGCGAUCGCGUCGUCUGCCAUUUCUACCGCGAGAAUUGGCCUUGCAAGGUGAUGGACAAGCAUCUGAGUGUUCUAGCAAAGCAACAUAUAGAGACACGUUUUCUGAAAAUUCAUGCAGAGAAAAGUCCCUUCUUGACCGAGAAGCUCAGGAUUGCCGUACUACCGACUCUCGCUCUUGUAAAGAAUGCCAAAGUCGAGGAUUAUGUGGUGGGUUUUGAUGAGCUCGGAGGCACCGAUGACUUCAGUACAGAAGAGCUGGAGGAGAGAUUAGCCAGGUCACAAGUUAUCCUCUUCGACGGUGAAGCAUCAUCCAAUCCAGUCAAGUCCAGCAGAACUAAGAGAAGCGUCCGCCAAUCUGAAACAGCUGACUCAUCUGACUCAGAAUAGUCGGAUGCUUACCUCGGUGUGGAUUGGGCUGAGAGGAUCAGAAGGCUGUUGAGAUUUGCAUACCACUCCUACCGGAAUAGCUAAAUUCUCCUCCAGAUUCCUCUGAUAUGUGCAUCUGCAUUCAUGACUUCUUGUUUGGCAAUCUGAAUGUAUCUUAGUCCAAAUCUGGAAUUGGUUUUGGUGAUGAUUUAUAUUGUUUUCAUGAAUUUGAGAGGUGGCUUUAGAGUUGAAACGAGCAAUCCCAGUUGACAGAGUCA